GCAAUCAAGGUUACUCCCAUCAGAUGCCGCCUUAUCGCAUGAAUCCAAAACGGCAGCGGAACGUCUUUAUUUUUGGCAUUGACUCACUAUCUCGACUUGCGGCCCUUCGUCUUCUGCCUUUAACCUAUAAUUAUUUGGUGGACAAUAUGUCAGCCAUUGUACUUUGCUCGCAUCACAAAGUAGGCGAUAACACGUUUCCGAAUCUUCUGACGAUACUUACCGGAAAGCGAGAGACGCAUCCAGCCGAUAAGCAUGAUAAAAAACAGGAGUACUUUGAUGACUGGCCGCUAAUCUGGAAACGAUACUCCGAUGAAGGCUACGAGACAUUUUAUGCUGAAGAUUUUCCACAGUUUAAUACCUUCAACUAUCUUGCGAACGGCUUCCGACAGCCUCCUACGAACCAUUACUUACGACCGUUUUGGUUAGCGAUUGAGGGGUCGAUGCUGUUUAAAAGCAGCUCAUUGUUAUGCUACGGUGCCAAACCUAGAUACCAACUACAGUUGGAUUAUAUUAAAUAUUUUUUACAAAAGAAAAGAGAUCACCCAUAUUUUGCAUUUAGUUUUCUCGUAGAAAUCUCGCACGAAUACCAAGAAUACGUAGGAGCAGCUGAUCGUGAUUUCGUUGAGGUAUUGAAACUGCUCAAGGAACAGGUGUUGUCUGGAGAAACCCUCCUAAUCGUAGCAUCGGACCAUGGCCAUCGAUUUGAUCCCAUCCGACGCACGCCCCAGGGCCACAUGGAAGAGCGUCUACCUUUUGUUGCAAUUGCCACUGCAAGUCCCGAACAAAAAGCGGUGUUAAGCAUUAACAGUAACAUGCUUACAUCACAUUAUGAUCUCUACGAGGUACUUAGAUCUAUGUUGCCAGGCAAAAGUAAAUCUGAACAAACAAGGUUUGGUAUAAAUGUUCUCCAAAGUAUUGUGCCAAAGAACAGAACCUGCUCACAAGCCGGAGUUCCUGACGUGUAUUGUACGUGCGUUAAUGUUCCAAACGGCCAAAGUGACUUUGACGUUAUCAAGACAGAAGCACUGGCACAAAAGGCCAUAGAAUUUAUUAAUGAAAUGAUUCGCGACGAUGCCACAGGUAGAUCUGUGUGUAAAAUUUUGACUCUUACUAAAUUACGUUCGAUUUUCAAUGCAGGUCAGGAGAAGGUGCUUAUUCUUGAGACGACUCCCGGGAACGCUGUGUUCGAGCUACGUAUUGGUCACUGGAACACGCCUUUUCAUGAAACCAUGUUUAGCAGAAUCAAUCGCUACGGCAAACCCUGUGUUCCAAGUCAGAUUUUACGGAAGUAUUGCUACUGUGGUCAUUAAGUCAAAGGGAACUCUAUCUGAAUGUGUGACAGAAUGAUAUGCAAUGACAUAGCUACUAAGCCGGUCGUAUAAAUAUAAAAAUUGAAUAAACUAUUUGUUUUGCAUUGCUUUAAAGUAUGAU